AUGACGGUUAUCCCUGUAUUGCGUGCUUCUCGCCUAUCCAUACGCCGGUCACUCCCUAUCUUUGGCCUCAGACACUCUUCGUCACGCAAGGCCCUCCAACGUCUCUGGGUACAUUCGCUGGAACGCAAAGAUAUCACCUCAUCGCACCAUCAUGCCGGUCAGAUGGUUGAACUACCUAAGGAUGAUUCCUUGACAAAACUAACCCAUACUGAGAUGAACAACGCUCCUCUUUCAAUCCUUCCUCUGAGGAUGAUCAUUCGUUCUUUGUUCAUUACAUCGAUAUCUUCCUCUACUGCGCUCCAGGCCGCCAUUAUCCGAACGCUGUUAAUCCUGGCUCACGCGGAGAUUGCAAUUUUCAAUCCUGACAGAAACCCUAUUCUUCACCUCCUCCUCAAAAAGACCUUUUAUGCUCAGUUUUGUGCAGGUGAGACGCCUGCCGAAGUCCGCUCGACAAUGGCAAGUCUAAGGGACAUUGGCUUCAGUGGAGUCAUUUUAACCUAUGCAAAAGAGGCUGUCUUGAGCGAGGUAGAAGCAAACGUCACUGCUGGGUACGAAUCGAGUACGGAGACUACUCAUGACAUCACUAGUGAGAUUGAACCUUGGACAAAAGGUACACUCGAAACCAUUAAGCUUGCUGGCCCGGGUGAUUAUGUGGCCCUCAAAUUGACUGGUUCUGGCCGCAUGGCUAUGGACAACCUAUCUCAAGACAAAGGACCUUCUCCCCACCUCAAGACGUCAAUGCACAACAUCUGCACUCUAGCCCAGCAACGGGGUGUUCGACUCAUUUUUGAUGCCGAACAAGAUGCUUUCCAAAACGGAAUCGACACAUGGACCAUGGCAUUCGCCCGCACCUACAACACUGCCGAGACUGCCACUGUCUAUGGGACCUACCAGGCCUACAGAAAGGUCACGCCAGCUACCAUAUCACGUCACCUCGCUGAAGCGCAACAGGGUGAUUUCACCCUGGGCGUGAAGCUGGUGCGUGGUGCGUACCUUGGGUCUGACCCUCGCGAAUGCUUUCACGAUACCAAGGCAGAGACAGAUACCUGCUACAACACCAUUGCCGCUGAUGUUCUUAGGCGUCAGUGGGGUACGUUCACGACAGGCAAGGGAGCCUUUCCCAAUGCCCAUGUAAUUCUUGCAACUCAUAAUGCCGAGUCUAUUCGUCAGGCUCGUGUAAUUUGUGAUGCUGGAAAUGCGAAAUCAGGAAUUGUUUUUGCUCAGCUUCAGGGUAUGGCUGAUGAGGUUAGCUGCGAGCUCAUCAAAUCGAACUCGGACGCCAAGUCAGUUGUCUUGCCCGCUUAUAAGUAUCUAGUCUGGGGAACUACCGGCGAGUGUAUGAAGUAUCUUCUGCGCCGAGCCUAUGAGAACCAGGAUGCUGUACAACGCACACAUAGUGGCCGUAAUGCGAUGUGGGUUGAACUUGUUCGGAGAGGUAAAAGGGCUGCUGGUUUUGCCACCUGA